UUAACCACGCGGUUGGACAGGGAAGAGAGGAAGAAAGGCAGCUCGUAACAAAAUCUCAAAGAAAAUGCCACAGAAACAAGUCAAAAACAAAAAGCAAGCUCAGUGGUGAAUCCCAAGGAUGAAAUCUCCUGCUUGCCACUGGUUAUUGCAUUUAGUUACAGUACAUAUAAAUCUGUCCCCAAUUUUGAAUCUUAUUAUCCCUUCCAGAAAGGGAGAGUUACCUGUAAAUGUGGUUAUCCCAGUUGGUAUGGGAUUUAGAGGGAAAUCCUAGUUGGCAUGGGAUUAUCCCACAUGAAGCAAGUAUUCCCAAUAAUGGAUUUUUGGGAUAAGUAAAUCCCUGAGUGGUAAGGCUAUGGGAAUACUCUUUGAAGCAGGAGAAUCCCUGUUAGCAUGGGAACAUAUCCCUGUCAGUAAGGGAUACAAUAUCCCAGUUGGCAUGGGAUUUGGGGCAGACUUGGCAAAAAUCCCUGUUGGUAGGGGAUUGGCUUAGCAUCUCAUAUGGCAACCAGUUGGUUCAGUCUCAUAUGCUGGUGUCACCAAGCCUGUGAUUUCUGCCAUGUUGUCAACCAGGGAAAAUGCAGGCCCAGAAAUCAAAGAAAGCCCCUCCCAAACCAGCACCUGUUGAGGAGUCAGAUGAGUCAUCUGAAGAAGAUUCUGAUGAUGACGACGAUGAUGUAGAGAUGGCUGAGGUAAAUGGCAAAGCUUCACCACAGAAAAGGAAGGCAGAAGAAUUGGAGGAAGAUAGUGAUGAUGACGAUAGUGAUGACAGCGAAGAAGAAGAAGCAGCCAAACCAGCUGCCCCUAAAAAAGCUAAAACUACACCUGCUCCCAAAAAACAAGCUGAAGAAGAGAGUAGUGAUGAUGAUGAUGACGACGAUGAUGAUGAUGAUGAAGAAGAAGAAGAAGAAACAAAACCUACCCCUUCAAAGACAAAAACUGCUACAAAACCAGCUAAAGCUGCUGAAGAAAGUGACGAUGACAGCGAUGAAGAUGAUGACGACGAUGAUGAUGAUGAAGAUGAGGAGGAAGCCCCAGCUCAGAAAACAAAGACAGUGAAGAAAGCUAAACAAGCUGAGGAAGAAGAAAGCGAUGAUGAGGAAGAUGAUAGUGACGAUGAUGAAGAGGAAAGCGGUGAGGAAGAAGAGGAAGAGGAGGAGGAAGAAAAACCUGCCAAAAAACAAAAGGCAAAGAAAGACAAAAAACAGAAUGGAAUUGGAGAACAAGAGCAAGAGGAUUCUACGCUUUUUGUGAAGAACAUUGCUAGCAGUGUGGACAAGGAUCAGCUCUCAGAGAUGUUCCCAGGGGCCAAAGAGAUCCGAAUGCCUACCAAACACGAUGGAUCACCAAAAGGAUUUGCAUACCUUGAGUUUGAUGAUGCCAAAAAAGUGAAGAAAUACAUUGAGACUAAACAAGGAGCCGAAUUAGAGGGACAAGAACUGUUCCUUGACUUAGCCAAUAAGAAACCGCCCAACAACAGAAACCAGAGGGGCGGUCGAGGGGGGAGAGGAGACUUUGGAGGGGGUAGAGGUCGCGGUGGUGGCGGUGGUGGUCGUGGAGGCAAAAAAAGCGACCCCACCAAGAUCCUGUUUGUGAAGAACUUGAGCUACUCCACCACUAAUGACAGUUUGACCGAGGCUUUUGAGGGAUGUUCUGCAGCCAGAGUCGCCAUGGAGAGGGAUAACCCUGGCAGAUCUAGAGGGUUUGGCUUUGUGGAAUAUGACUCCGUCGAGUCAGCUAAGGAAGCAUUUAAUGCCAUGAAAGGACAGGAAGUGGACGGUCGAACAGUCUUCUUAGACUUUGCAGAGGAGAGAUCAGGAGGAGGAGGAGGUGGUGGUCGUGGCUUCCGGGGUGGUGGCGGUCGCGGCGGUGGUGGUAGAGGUGGAGGAGGUCGCGGUGGUGGCUUCAGAGGAGGACGAGGCGGUAGAGGAGGAGGACGCGGGGGAGGAAGAGGAGGAGGAGGAUUCAGCAAAAGUCCAUCUGCAAAAGGAGCAAUUCAAGAAUUCUCAGGAAAAAAGAAGACCUUCAGCAUGGACGAUUGAGGCUUUGACUCUCUGACAUUGUUUUCAUGUCCAUCUGGCCAUGUCUAUCUGUGCAAUCAUUUUGAAAAAUUUCCACAAAGAAGGCAGAGAAGUUGGGAAUCUAAGUAAAGAAAUAUGGAGGCCGAUUUUUUAAAACAUUUUCAUUAUUAUAAUAUUUAUGUCUUGCGAAGUCUUUGUUUUUAUUGAAGAAUUUUUACUACCAUGUUAUUGUCUACAACCAUAAAAUAAUUUCAUUGAAUGAUUUAUAUAGGAUUUUCAUUACCUAUAGUUGAUAUCUCUGCUUGUUGUGUUUUCUUGUGGUUCUCCCAUCGUAUCAGUUCUCGGCUAAUAUUUAAAAACAUGAGUAGGUUGUACAGAAAUCUUGAUGCAUUUAUUAUACUACCCCUCUUCAUUCAUUGUCUUCACGAUCAUGUUGAUAAAACUGUCCACAUUGUUAAUUCUUACAUCUUGUUUUAUGAUGAAUGUUGUUAUACACUGUAUAAAAAUGAAUAAAGUAGAGCUGCUAUAA